AAAUGUCAGUCUUUUGUUGCGAUCAUCAGUGAUUUUACAUGACUUUUCACACGCAUUUUUCCACUAAAAGUAGUUAAUAUUGCUGUGUAAUACUGGUAGCUUUUGCACACUCUUGCCGUGCUGAUUGUUCUCAGUUUGCAAUUUGGCUCCUGUAAGCAAUAUUUAAGUGUACUUUCGUGUGUGACUUUCGUCGCGUGUUUGGCUGAUACUUUUGUUCCCGGAACGGAAGAAAAGUGCCGAGGAGCCCCACUGAGGAGACGUGAGAAGAUGUCACGGAGGCCCCUGCUAGUGUGCGUGGCUGUCUUUCUGGCCAUCGCUCUACCAAAUGGUCAGUGUGCGGAGAGACUGCCGAAUGUGGUGGAGCUGUCUGAGAGCAACUGGGAUUUGAUGCUCAAGGGAGAGUGGAUGGUGGAAUUCUAUGCUCCUUGGUGUCCGGCCUGCAAGAACAUCGAGCAUACAUGGGAGGAGUUCUCGGCGUGGACGCAGGAGGUGAAUGUGAAGACCGCUAAGAUCGACGUCACCGCGUCGCCUGGACUCAGCGGGAGGUUCUUCGUCACGGCUCUGCCCACGAUAUUCCACGUGAAGAACGGCGAAUUCCGGCAGUAUCGCGGCGGGAGGGACAUCAAUGCGCUGAUGACGUUCAUUCAGGAGCGAAAGUGGAAGAAUGUGGAGCCUGUGUCGGCGUGGAAGAAGCCAGACUCCAUUCAGAUGUCCAUCGUGUCGUAUUUCUUCAAGCUGUCGCACUUCCUCAAGGAGCUCAACACGCUCAUGCUGAAGGAGUAUGGACUGCCCGCCUGGGCGUCCUAUGCCAUCUUCGCCGUGGCCACGAUCCUCAUGGGCGCCAUCCUGGGACUCCUGCUCGUCUGCGUGAUUGACUGCCUCUUCCCGCCGAAGCAUCUGCAGCGCACCAGCUUCUCGGACAGCCAGAGAGGUGAUCACGGCUCUGGAGAUGACAUUCGCGCCGACGAGCUGGAGGACGAGGAGGUCUCCUCGGGAUCGGACAAGGAGAAGUACUCGGGCACCGACACGGAGGACGAGGAGGAGGAGGAAGAGGAUGGCGAAAAAGUGUCUCCGCCACCAUCGCCCAGGAAGGCCACGCCCAAAGCCAGUCCAACAUCGAGUCCGGACGUGAGGAAGAGGAAGGCUCGCAAGGCUGAGUGAAUUCCAAAAACCAGAGAAUGAAAGAAAAACAGCGCGGAAACUUAAGGCAUAAAUAUAAAAAUUGAUUUUCGAGGAAAGAAUCGGUAAAGUUGCAGAAAUUAAAAGACUUGUACGCCUCAUAGACUUCGUAUGUAUAUAACCAAUACUUGAUAUUGCUGUUGAGGAUGCAUUUAUACGCGAUGGAGGGAUGGAAUAAUUGAGAGAUGAUCUGUUUAUUUUAUAUUGAGAAUCAUUAUUAAUGAGAGCACAUUUUGGCGCACAAAAUAAUUCCGAGUUAAAGAGAGAUAGAGUUUCUUUCGUGGAUUUUCCACACGCGAUUCGAUUCAAGAAGAGUUUUAAUUCAACUAAUAAGUAGUGCGUAAGCGUUUUUGUCAAAAUUUUGCUUUACAAAAGGUGAAAAAAUAAAUAUUUCUACCUUUAUAUGGA